AACUCCUCUGGCUGCUAUGUGGUUGAACUGGUCCUGCUGCUUUUCCUCCACACGGUUCCAGCUGAAGUGCAGGUGAGCUGCAGGUGAGUGUGUGUGUGCAGUCAGCGCCUUCAUCAGGGGAGCGAUCAGGAAUGUGUGUGACUGAUGAACCAGGUGUCUGAACCUGCUCCUGUUCGGCUUCUGGAUCAGAAACAGCGGACUUUCAGCGGAGAAAACACACCUACACACACUGCACUUCCAUUUCAGCUCGCAGGUGAGCGCCAGGACGUGUGUAAAGCUCGGAUGCUGUGUGUAACAGAUAAAAUGGUGGGAUUUACAGAACUCUGCUUUGGCCUGAUGUCUGUGUUUCACCUGGCGUUAGCGGGAUGUGUCAACAACAACAACAACAACAACGACAACGACAACGACAACAACGACAGGAACGUGUUUCUCCACGAGACCUCAGCAGACUCGUUCCUGUCGCGGUCGCUGCUCUACAACAGCUGGGACUUUGAGCUGGUCACUGCGGGGAAUCUGGAGAGAGAGUGCAUGGAGGAGAUCUGCUCUUACGAAGAGGCCAGAGAGGUGUUCGAGGACAACCAAAAGACGGAAACUUUUUGGAAAUCGUACGUCAGCAGUCACGUGGCCACUCCCCGUGUGGACGUGUCUGGUCUGGUGGCCGGAGUCGUAGCCGUUGUGGUGUUAUUCAUCAUCGUGCUGGUGCUCAGCUGCUACUGCUGCAAGAAAAAGAGAAAACCUGUAAGGCGAAGUGGCAGUGUCCCAGUGAGAAUGGCAGCAGAUGGACGUCCAGCGCCGGAGACGGUUCCUCUGUCUGACAUCGCCGCUCCGGGUUUGCCCAGCUACAACGAGGCCUUGAACCGCAGCGGGCAGCACGACGCACCUCCACCACCGUACUCAGGAGUGGAAUCCAGCGCGCCUGCAGAACCGCAGCCUGACGAGUGAGAGGAUGGAAACUGCAGGAUGGUUCGGGGGACAGGGCCGGACGAGCGGCGGAGCAGUGACGCCGUCACACACACGAGUUUUUUAAAAAUAAAGGUUUAAUAUUUUACUUUCACUCUAAAGGAGUACACACGUCUGAGCUGUAUGAGAUAUAGGUGUUAUUCUUUUUUUUU